CUGAAUAACCAGGUCUACGUCUACGAAUUCGGCAGUCAAACAAAACCAGAUUGGCUCAACAAUAAACAGUAGUUUUGACGGAAUCGUUGAAAAUAACAUUUUGUCGGUUGUCAUAAGGGGAUAUGGAAUUGACUUUGAACGCCCACACUGGUUUAGCGAAACCUGGCAGUUCAGUUGCUUUGGUUUCUGGAACUUAUAAGUAUUAUCACUAUGGUUGUGAUAAUACACAGGACCAGGGAUGGGGUUGUGGAUACAGAACAUUACAGACAAUUUGUUCUUGGAUAGAACACGAAAAACAACAAAAAGAAUGCCCGCCAAGUGUUCCUUCCUUGAUGCAGAUACAAGAAGCUUUAGUUACCAUGGGUGAUAAAAGGCCACCAUUUAAAGGUUCUAAAGAAUGGAUAGGAAGUUUUGAAGUGUGUUUAUGUGUUGACUAUUUUUACCAGGUACCAUGUAAGAUAUUACAUAUAAAUCAUGGUUCAGAAUUAAACAAUUACCUAAAUGAAUUAUUUAAUCAUUUUAAAGAUAAGGGGUCUCCUGUUAUGAUGGGUGGGGAAACUGACAAUUCUUCUAAAGGUAUUAUGGGUGUAUGUAAAGAGCCACCUUCAUUACUGAUAGUGGAUCCACACUAUUCAGGCCCACCGUUAUCGAAUACAGAUUUACAAGAUAGAGGUUGGGCACAUUGGAAGAAUAUUGAGACGUUUUCAAGUGAUUCAUUUUAUAACUUAUGUUUACCUCAGAUUACAUCAUCAUCCAUAUCUCCUUGAUAAACUAAACACAAUUCCAUAUUAUCUGCCCUUGUCAUUGUGACACAGCUUUUUGGCGAAGUUUAGAAAGAUACAAUAUAUCCGUUUGGAAACUGUAAAAUUUAGUACUUUCGGUACCAAAUCUGUAACGUUGUGCAUUGUGCUACCUUGGUAGUUUUAAAGGUUUGGAUUUACGAUCAAAUGAUUGAUAUUGCUCAUCGUGUAUAUGUCCCUGCUUCUAUAUA